CACUCCUGAAUUUCACUUGUGUUCCAUUUCCACCAAAUAACAAAUUUCUUCUAUUAUUUUUUUGAAAUUAAUACACACACAAAUUCGUUUCAAACUGCUUUCGGGAUAAAGAAAUCAUUCAAAUCAAAGAAUAUUUGAUAUUUGGUUGUUUUUUUUUUGUUCUUGCUUGUGACCGUUUUCUUCUUCUCGAUCUUAAAAAAUUUGGUAAAAUGUGGCCGAAGUUUUCAAAUUGAACAAACAAAGAGGGAAGUAUUACAAGUAUUUUUUUAUUCGAAUUUUGUGAUGAUAUUAACACCAGCGCAUUGGAGACGCAUGAAAAAAUGAGAUCGUGGACAAAUUAUUCAAUAUAAAAUUUCAGAGUGCUGUGAUAACAGUGGCGAAGGCAUCGCCUUAGCGGCGAUGUCAUCUAUCGGUCAAGUAGUGAAAACGCGAACACCACAAAUCGAACUAACCGAUCCAGAGCAACGUGAAACAUGGUCGGGAAAAGUUGAUUUUCUGUUGUCGGUUAUUGGAUUUGCAGUUGACUUGGCAAACGUUUGGCGAUUUCCAUACCUAUGUUACAAAAAUGGCGGAGGUGCAUUUUUGCUUCCGUACAGUAUAAUGCUGAUUGUUGGUGGCAUUCCAUUGUUUUAUAUGGAAUUGGCAUUAGGUCAACACAAUCGAAAAGGUGCUAUCACAUGUUGGGGUCGUUUGGUGCCACUAUUCAAAGGAAUCGGUUAUGCUGUUGUGUUAAUCGCAUUCUAUGUCGAUUUCUAUUACAAUGUAAUAAUUGCGUGGUCAUUGCGAUUUUUCUUCGCAUCGUUUACUAAUGAUUUACCGUGGACAUCAUGCGGAAACAUCUGGAACACGGCAAAUUGCGAGGCGUUAAAGAUAAAUACCACCGCCAUCACUAAUGGCACCUUUAGCAAUUCAACACUAUUGCAAAAUACAACCGAAAACUUAAAAUAUUCAUCGGCCGCAUCCGAAUAUUUCCAUCGCUAUAUUCUCGAACUGAAUAAAAGUCAAGGAAUCCAUGAUUUGGGUGAAAUAAAAUGGGAUAUGGCAUUGUGCUUAUUGGCCGUAUAUUUGAUUUGCUACUUUUCACUGUGGAAAGGUAUCAGUACAUCGGGCAAAGUUGUAUGGUUUACAGCAUUAUUUCCAUAUGUUGUGUUAUUCAUUUUACUGAUCCGAGGAAUAACAUUACCGGGCGCGAUGGAGGGCAUCAAAUACUAUCUGUAUCCAAACUUCGAUGCCAUUCGAAAUGCCGAAGUUUGGGUUGAUGCUGCAACACAAGUGUUCUUUUCAUUAGGACCUGGCUUCGGCGUUCUUCUUGCUUAUGCUUCAUAUAAUAAAUACCAUAAUAAUGUCUAUAAAGAUGCUUUGUUGACAAGUUUCAUCAAUUCAGCCACAAGUUUUUGUGCUGGUUUUGUGAUUUUCUCAGUGCUUGGAUACAUGGCACAUGCAUCUGGUCAAAGUAUUGACGCCGUCGCUAGAGAAGGACCUGGUUUAGUAUUCAUUGUAUAUCCAGCUGCAAUUGCAACAAUGCCGGGAAGCACAUUCUGGGCACUCAUAUUUUUUAUGAUGUUGCUUACACUCGGUUUGGACAGCUCGUUUGGCGGUUCAGAGGCGAUAAUAACAGCGUUGAGUGAUGAAUUUCCGAAAAUUGGUCGAAAUCGUGAAAUAUUUGUGGCCGGUUUGUUUUCGUUAUAUUUCAUCGUUGGAUUGGCCAGUUGUACGCAGGGUGGAUUUUAUUACUUUCAAUUAUUGGAUCGUUACGCGGCCGGUUAUUCAAUUCUCAUAGCCGUAUUUUUUGAAACCAUUGCCGUUUCAUGGAUUUAUGGAACGAAUCGAUUUUGUGACGAUAUACGUGAUAUGGUUGGUUUCUAUCCGGGUCUAUAUUGGCGCAUAUGUUGGAAAUUUGUGGCACCGGUAUUUUUGCUAUUUAUCAUCGUUUUCGGUUUGCUUGGCAAUGCACCGUUGCAAUAUGACAAUUAUCUCUAUCCGGAAUGGGCCAACAAUUUGGGAUGGUGUAUAGCCGGCUCCUCAGUUAUGAUGAUUCCAUUGGUGGCAGUCAUUAAAUUCUGUUCAACACGCGGAACAUUCCGACAACGUUUGCACAAAUUGACCACACCGUGGCGCGAUCGAAGAGCAAGCGUAAAUGGUAUUGUAACGGAAUCGGCGCAAAUUCGUUUAACUUCGACGAAAGCGGGCGAAGAGGUGUGAGAACCAAAAAAAUGUGAACGACCUUAUGCACGAUUCACUGUUUACUAUGUUUAAGCUGUACAGAAGCACACAUUCUCUUUGGUUUCGUUUUUAACUACACAUAAAUUCAACUACACACAAUUAAACAAAAUUCAUAUUCAAAAUCAUAUGUACUCAAAUUAGCAAUUAAUGCAUCUCCAUAAGAAUUUGAAUAGAGUGCAAAUACCAUUUAAUACUACACGUUAAAUGUUAAUUGAAUAAAAAUGUUAACAAAAAAAUUAAAUUAAAUUAUGAAUUGAUUUAAAUUACAAAAUUACAACACAAGAAUAUCGACCACGACAUUCAAGUAAAACUCAUUUAAACGAUAAAUUUAUGCAUGUAUGUAUAGUAUACAUUGUAUACAUAUUAAAUAUAUACAAACACUUUAGUUUUAAUUAAUUCGAGAAAAAAAAAACAAAUAUUCCAGUUAAUCACAAAUGUGAACAUUGAGAGUAGCCAGAGUAAGAACAAAAUACCAAAAAAAAUGCUGUGUAGAUAAUAGACAAUGUUAAACAUUAACUUUUCUAGUAUUGAGAGAGUUAAUUACACAAAAGCAAACAAAAAAACCAAAUAUGUCGUAUGUAAAAUGAUCAUUGUAAUUUAAAUGAUAAGCUUCGACGAAUAAUUCUUCUUUUUUAUUCAAGUCGUCAUUCUUGUCUCUGUAGAGAGGGGCCAAUUUUGUUUUGUUAUUAAUACAUUGAUAAUUCUUGUUCAUUUGAUAAUGGCAGCACAUUUUAUAUCCAUAAUUUAAAUUUCGAUCAUGCAAACUUCAAGUAAUCUAAAAACAAAUGUUACCAGUUCAUACUGGUUUAACUCUCAACUGCACAUAUAUUGCAACAACUGCAAAUCGAUUCAUUUUGGUGUCGGGUCAACAACAACAAAAAAAAAUAUGUUCAUCUGGAAAAUGAGAGAAAUAUGACAAAAACCCAUUCCAGCGGCAUUAGUCCAGCCAAGAAGCCGAUUCGUUCCUGCAUACAAGAAUCCGAAUUAUUUAAUUCAAUUUCACUUCAAUACUUUCAUUUAUAUUCUCUUUCACGCUUUUGACUCAUUUGAUCCAGGUUUCUCAAAAUGGGAUUUUAACUCAAAAUCACAAAUCAAAUAAAUUGAUUUGAUUUGAAAAGAUUCAAAUAAAAACAGUCAAAUAAUUUGAUCUGAGUGUCAUACGUUUCAAACCAAAUCAUUUGAACAUUUUAAUUUGAAAUUUUCAAAUCAAAUCAAUUUAUUUGUGAUGUGAUAUGUUGAUUUUCAAUGAAAUUUUCAAAUCAAAUAGUGGAAUUUUUCAAGUUUGAAGCACUAUCAUUCUCAUCACUCAAGCUAUAGAAAGUAUUGGACACAUUUCAAUGCAAUGAAUUGAAAGAUUUCUCCAAAUUCAUUUUGAAAUUGGAAGUAAAGUAUGGUUUUCACGGUGGGUGACCGGUCAUAUUUUCCCCGGUUACAAUUUCCCCCAUACAAAUCUAAUGGAGAAUUUAUGCCCGAAAUAUUUGCCAUUUUGUAUCGUUCACCACUUUACAAAAGAAAGUUGAUUGUUCAAUAACAGACAUCAUAUUGAGAUAUUUUCAGCCAGAUGAAUCAGCUCAGCCAGAUAUCGUCAGGAGCUGAAAUUGAGUGAAAACAAUAGAAGUGAUUGUUAUGGUCAUAAUUGAACGUACAUUGCAACAAUCACUUUUAUUGUUUUCACUCCAUUUCAGCGCCUGACGAUAUCUGCAUGAGCUGAUUCAUCUGGCUGAAAAUAUCUCAAUAUAAUGUCUGUUCAAUAUUGGAACAUACUUAUGCAGUUGAGGGUUAAUAUGUAAUAUCUGUACAUAUACAUGUGGAAGAAAACACAAAAACUCAAUAAGUUACAUCGGACUAAAUACCAAUAGAUGACAAAAUUGAAAUAUGAAAAAACAACAGAAAUACCGAAAGAGAGAGGACAAUUUGUUUGCGUGUGUUUAGCUUUCAAUAUUUAUUUGAGAUAUCGUGUUUAUAGGUAGAAUAGUGAUUGUUGUGAAAAUACUCCAAUUUAAAGCACAACGACAAUUCAAUCAACAAUAAAGGAAAUGUCAAACACGUUAACAAAAUCCAUUGAAAUAUCUGCAUAUCAUUGGAGUUGCAGCUUAUGAGAUCCAUAGAAAAAUCCAGCCAAUUAAAUCUGAACGAAGUGCAAAGCGAUCAUUUUCCUCAGCCAUAAAAUUAUCGCAACAAUUGUACGGACUUCGAUUUAAAAUAAAACUAUUAAAAUCAAUUUAACAGCACCCGCAAUCAUAGUUCGUUGAAUAAUCUUGAUUGAAUUCAUCAAUUUUAUUAUCAAAUCAACAUGUGCAUAGAAAAGUAAUCAAAUCUUUCACAUUUUUAUUUUAUUUCCCUUUAGGUUUUAACGCCAAUUUUCCAAAUAGUAAAUCGACAUCAACUCGGUGUCUGAAUAAUUUACACUAUCCUAUAUAUUCAAUGUUUCUGUUCAAUUUUUUUUAUUUGAUCAACUCGAUAAAAAAGGGAAUCUAUGCCAGAACCACAAAAAUAAUUGUACUUUCUUCUCAAUUAUCAGCCAUAUUGAGAUGAAAUGCAAUAAUUACUCAAAGAAAUUUAAUGGAACAAACUUAGAAGAGAAAAAUUGUUAUUGUUACAAUUUUACAAUGAAACAGCCAGAGCAAAAAUGGCAUUUUGCAGUGUUUACCAUUCGGUUUGCUCUGUUCAAUUUCUCUGAGUAUGCUUAACGAAUGAUACUUGAUGUAGCCAUGUCCAAUGUUAUAGUUUUGCUAGCUUUUUAAUAACACGAAUAAAUUGUAUGUUUAAAAUGUUCA